AUGGUAUCGAGUCUUGCGACACAACUAGCCAAGGGCACGUCCCUCAACGCGUCGCUCUUGGUGGACAGGACUCGUCGGAAGGCCGCCGCGUCGUACCUAUUUUCUGCGAAAGAAGCUCAGCAACAUGACUUGGACACAGUAUAUGCCUUGGGUGUCAGUGGCUUUCUCCAGCUGAAAGCUCUUGAACCUUCUCUCGGAGUUUUUGAAAAAACACUUUUUUCGGAUGCUGCAAAGGCCAGGGACAGGACCCUUGAAUCUGUCGAUGUCAAUAAAGAACUUGAUCAAGAGCUUGCCUCAUUCCUUCCGCUCCUCGGACCUUAUUUGCUGGAUUCCCCUACUGGGAAGGUGUUGGAAUGGCUUGUGCGACGAUUUAGGGUCAACGAAUUCAAUGUCCUAGAAAUGCUUGCAUUGUUCCUGCCUUACCACGAAUCCCCUCACUUUGUCAAAAUGAUGACCAUCUUGCACAUGGCUGACCAGUCUCCAUUCCGAUUCUUGAUCGCGUGCAAGACCACCGCGACGCCGUUGCCACGAAGCACGCUCAUAACCGAGAUGCUGAAAAACUCGGACUUGUCUCGCUUUGUUGCAAACCUCCUGCCCUCGACAUUGAAAACAGGUGGAUUGGGCGCGCACAAGACUCUCGUCAUGUUUCACACCAGCGUGCUACUAGACUUUAUCGCACGGAAUUCAGACCCAGAUGAAGGAACAAUGGGAUAUCUCCUGCCCGCUGCGUUGGAGCCAACACAACUUGGAUCAGAAACUGCAGCGAAGCACUUCGUGGAUGCUGAGGGUAUCGAGAAGCUGGGUAGCCUCUUAAUUCUAGCUGCAUUGUCCCAAAAGUGUAGACUCACCUCCAAAACAAUGAAGGCUGUUCUCGUCGCGAUAGCGUCAUGUACCACGCGUUGUUCGGCGAAACAGUUUGUGCGUACUCUACUAUGUAUAUGCGCCCCUCAAGAUGAGAUGGACAAAUUCCCGCGCUCGCUUGUAAAGGCUUUCUUGACCAUUCCUGAAAUCGAUGUUGAGCUUGAGGAGAGCUUGGAUUGGGUUGGCUCGGAUAAGCUUCUGAACCCUCUGAUGGCUGGAUUGAUGAUUCAAUUCGCCAAGGAGCGCUCGGUCAGGCUGUUUGCAUCCAUCCUUGCAUUCAAGAACAUUUCUACUAGUACUAUCCGCCGAUCCGUAUCAUUGCUCUUGGACAAGCUGAUCGAAAAAGAUGACGAGUCCACUCCGGUCAUACUGGAAGCCAAAAAGCUUCUCUCCACUUUGCAGCAGCGUCAUUCACAGACGAUCCAGUCGGUGUGCUCGGAAGCAAUAAACCAAGACGAGAGCAAACGAGAUGCCAUCGAGCAGCUCGUGUUGUCCAUCUCGAUACCUCUUUCUGGCUCAAGCGGGUCCGGUGAUGCGCAGAAACCCGACUUAGUGGUUGCGUCGGUUAGUGCAGAUGCACAGGUUCGAGCCAUAGCUACACGAGACCUCUUGAAUGCUCUCUCAAACCCAGACACUCCUUCAACAGAAUUGGACACUAUCAAAACUUCCCUGCGUUUGCGUGUCCAAGACACAGAUCCCACUGUCAUAGAGGCGCUGUACGCAAAACCUGCAGACAUUGUCCCCGUGCUCAUGACCGAUGCUGCCGCGUAUAUCUUGUCUGUAUCCGAGGCCAUCCGAAAUCCAGGUUCUUCGCAUCGUAGUGUCGUCUUACUGCACCUCUCUUUCAUGGCGAAACAUGUUUUCUCCUACCUGCGCGGCACGCAGUCGUCCCUUGCGGAUUGUGUCGUGCAUGAUCUUUUCUUCCCGAACAUUCUAUAUUCGAAACCAAAACAGACCACGGCGUCUGAGCUGUGGGGGAUCAUCGAAGAGGCUGAGAACGAUCGCGAGAACCUUAUGGGCAUCGGACAACACGUGUUAUUGGGCGGGUGUGUGGAUGCAAUUCGUUGGGAGGAGGGAAGAAAUGACAGGGGCGCGCGGGGGGACGACGGGCACCGUAAUGUGCAACUGCUAUCGCGCAUCAAUUUGGCAAUCGCUGCCAAGAUGGCGGACAACAUACUAUCUUCGGAUGAUUAUAGUAACCUCCUCGCCUUUCUGCUGAAACGGCUGCAAGACCCCAACCCACAUUCUCGUGCUCUUGCAUAUCUUAUUGCUCGUGCAUUGCUGUCGCGUUUGUCGGGCGAACAUCAACUUAAUGCUGCACAUCAAAUGCUACAGGCCAUGCAGCUUGAUAGUCUUGAGGUGAUGGGUGACUUCAUGGGAGAUGUAAAUGAUAUCCAUGCUUUCUUGCAUGACACGAGUCUAGGAACCGCCGUUGUCUUGAAGCCGAGUAGCCGGAACACCACUCAUCGACUGCAAAUUGCUCUUCUAGCUAUGCUUCCAAAAAUUCAUCGACCUUCGGGUGUAAAGUUGAAUUGGUUGAUGCCUUCUGUGUCACUCGGGAGCCAAGGGUGCGAUACAAGAGGCACCCUCUACGUGCAGCUCAUGCGGGCUGUGUACAGUUUGAGUAACUCUUCGCCAAGGUUGCCUCUUCUAUCUACCAACCUCCUGAGAAUACUCUUCACCAACCUUGCUGACGAGGCUCUGACAUUCCUCGCGGGUGUGUGGCUGUCUCCUCCUGGGGUUACAGAGGUGCACAAAGAAAUGCGUGAUCAUGUGAUUCUUUCGGCUCUUGGGCAUGCGAAGGCAUUCCUCGAAGCUCAUAUAGCUGCCGAGCACUGGUUAGACUUCCAGACCAUCCUUCCUGCUGUCCUAGUCAUUGUCCAGCAUGCUAAUCUUCGUGUCCGCGAGGCGGCCUUGAGAGUUAUCGCCAUCAUCACUCACUUAUCGCUUUCGAAAAACAUCUUCGCGGUAUACGCCUUCGACACGAUUUAUGGUGAUGACUCAGGUGCUUUGCAAUAUGCCGAUUUGACGGAUCUCCGUAGGUAUUUUCACAGUCUCGGGGAAACCCACGACCAUCUAGUACAGGAUGCGAACUACCUUAAGGUAUUCCACCAGCAAAAUCUGACAGCGAUCAAAUCAGAUAAUAAGAAAAAUGCAGGGUAUAAGCGAAGGAUACUGUGCUACCUUCUUUCGCACGUGAAUGCAUGCAACCUGCCGAUAGCGAAACAACUGCUCCUCAAGAGCCUCGAAACGACAACUAGCGAGGUUAAAUGCGAAAUGCUAUUGCCCACAAUCGAAUCCAUGUUCGACAAGACCUUGAUGGUGACGGAACUUGAGACUGCUGUAUCACAAGCCCUUGAACUCGCCACGCUGAUUGUCUCGUCAUUUGAUGCUUCUGCCGUUGCCAAUCUGAAUGAUAUCAGUCGAAAUACCUGGUCCAUAUAUGAAAGGACGUUACGCGUUUGCUUCAGUAGUAAAAACAUGGACUCUCUGAGGUCAAUACUGCGGGACAAUCUGCAGCGAGGUCUAUUUUCUAAGCUCUCGGCCGACCGCAAAAUAGAUCUCUGUCGUCUUUUAUUAGAUAUCAGCAUUCAAGAUGUGACCGCGACAACUGAAUGCAAACAGCUACUCAGCGAGGUCCUUGUUGAUGUGACAAUUAUGAUACGCCUCCUCACCUUGUUCCAACCAACUUCCGAUGGAAGCACUGAGCCGGCUCAAAAGCGCGCGAGACUAGAAAGUACUGAAGAGGACGGAUCACAAAGUACGACACCGUACUUAAGCCUUCUCGCAGAAGUCCUAGCCGCGCGACCUCUCCCUAGCUCUCUUGAAUUGAUUGCCUGCUUGUUAGAGACACUGAAUAAGGCUGCACACGAUGCAUCUGUACAGCCUGCAGACCGCAAUUACAUCGAACAGCUUUUAAUGUCUGCAGUAGACAAUGCGGUCGGAAGUAUACGAGCAGAUUCAGAUGUCCCUCCUAAUGCCGUGAGGGUCGACGUCCUUGUUGAGUUAAUCAGAACAUCUGAAAAUCCCCAAACAUUCCACCAAGCACUAUUAUUGAUGGCUGGCUUAGCCAGACUGGCUCCAGAUGCUGUUUUGCAUAACAUCAUGCCGAUAUUCACGUUCAUGGGUUCGAAUGUCUUUCACCGGGAUGAUGCGUACAGCUUCAGGGUGGUUCAAAAGACAAUCGAGAGUACUGUCCCAGUAAUGACCGCAUCUUUGAAGAGUAUGUAUACGACGAAGCUCGAUCUGUAUAUCGGAUCCAGGGAGUUCUUACGCAUCUUCACUGAUGCCUCAAAUCAUAUACCACGACAUCGUCGGGCAAAGUUCUUCUCACAUCUAGUUGAUGUUCUUGGCCCAAGUGACUUCUUUGCUCCUAUUUGCAUGUUACUUAUAGAUAGAGUGUCAAACCGUGUCGUGCGACAGAAUGCUCAGGAUGCUCAUGCCUCGCUCAUACUGCCGCUUACCGCAUUCCAGCAUUACUCAAUACAAGAUCACUUUGUGCUUUUGAUCGAAGUUCUGCAUGAAGUACAGCGACUAUCAAACCAAACAAGUUCGAGCAACCCCGAUACAACGUUCUUGGCAACUGCAACUGAUGACGACCAAAGUCAUCAGGCCUCUCCGCUGUGGAGGAGGAGGGCACUUGCGCUACUCCUUUUCUGUCACCAUCAUUUGAAAGAACUUCCCGCGAAGUCUUCUGCGAAGGAACUUCAAGGGCAAUCAUUGACCUCGGAACUAUUAUCUCACCUGCUUAAGAUUGCGGUAACCAACGCUCAGGAUGAGUCUAGAAAUGAAAUCUCUGUAGCAGCAAGAAAUGUGAUGAACAGCGCGUUACAGAUCAUGCCCGCGUCUGACUUUAUCAGUGGUGUCCUGACUAUGAUUUCAACCGAGAAUGCCAAGAUCCAAUCCGGCGCAUUAGAACUUUUGGGUGAACGACUCACAGCUGUCUCCGAUCCGAUCAGGCGCGAAUCAACAUCUGUUAUGAUCCAAAUUGUAGAGCGCACCCGGCAGAUCAUCACAUCCACUGCAGAAGAGUCGGUGCUUAGCACCACGUUCCAGGCCCUGAGGGCUAUAAGCACGACUAUGUGUCCAGGCGAAGAAGGCAUACUAAUGACAAUUGUUCCGCUCGUGCUUGAAAACAUGCAGGCCCGUCGUAACAUGUCGGUAACGUUAUCUUUACUCUUAUCCUUCUGCUCCAGUUUUGGACCGCGGAUCAUCCCCCAUAUCAAGACAAUCGUCUGGCAAUGUGUCGCGUUCAUACGCGAAUGCAUGCGAGUAGACGGAGCCGAUAAUUCCCCCGCCAUCGCGUUGAAUGCCUUACAAAGUCUCCUGACUUCGGUACCCACAUUUUGGGGCGAGAAGGAUCUCGUUCAGGUCAUUGACUUAUACAUCGAAUUCCGCACUGCGUCGUCUAAGGCAGAGUCAACGUUCCUGGAGCCCGUCGUGAAGACUAUGGCGAAUCGAGUUCCUUCAACUGUUCUUCUCCCAGCACUAGGGGGGAUAUGGACAUCGCUCAAUGCUAGCGGAUUAGUUAACGAUCAGUACAAGCGGCUUGGUUACUUCAACUUGUUGAAACGUGCCAUUCGUGCAUCAAAUCGGCCCAUUAUUCUCGAGAAUUUGCGACACGUCUUCAAAAUCUUCCAAGACGCCUUCGAGAUAAAUGCCGCUAGUGGUAACGCAGAUACUGAGCCUGAAUUAAUAUCAUCAUUCUUGGAGCUAGUUGUCAAACUCAACGAAAAUGCAUUCAAGCCACUCCUUCGCAAGCUGUCUGAUUGGGCCUUCUCGGAUGAAAACUCUGAUAUUGCAACGGCUCGAGCAGCUGUGUUUUGCCGUACAUACGCCGCUUUGUUGGACUACUUCAAGGCUCUUAUGGUUCCUUACAUGAUGUUCCUCUGGCCACCUUUACUGAAAGUUCUUGACGAUUACUGUACUGGUAACCGUCAAGGUCAACCUUUGUGGGUGUCAGUCUUGGAGGUAUUAGCCAAAACGCUCGCACAUGACGAGGGAGCAUUCUGGCGGCACGAUAAGUUACAGCAAUUGGUCAACUCCAUCGUCAAGCAACUUCCUGUCUGUAUAGAAUCACAACAAGUCGAUGGUCGAUCCACUCUGGCAGACUGUCUUGUUGCUACUAUGGAAGUAAUUCACGACGAUGCGUUGCUCAAAACUAUGAAUAUCGACAUACUGAUGCAUACACGCUCGGAGAAUGCCAAGCUGCGCCUAUAUAGCUUGACAUGUAGUAAAGCCUUAUGGAAAGCCCACGGCGGAAAGCUUUUAGGCUUUGCUUCAGAAACGACUCCUUUCAUUGCCGAGUGUGCUGAGGACGAGAAUGAUAGCGUUGUACGUGAGGCACAUGGGCUCAAGGACGCUGUAGAAAUGGUAGUGGGCAAGUUGAACGUGUAA